CAGGCAGCAUAUCGGCCUUUAGCUGGGGUAGGCGGUAUCCUAGCAACCAAACACGCAGACUGGGACGUCCUGUUAGAUCAGUGUCUGUAGUUUAACAUCGGUGCUAGCAAAAAAGAUGGACGAAUCACUCGAGGCACAACUCAAACAACUCUCUACCGACACUAGCUUCACCCAACCACGCCGGAAAGAAACGUCCUACUUCAACAGAGACCCAAAGGCUCCGGAGAUCUCCACUUAUGACCAAGUGUUCCACCAGGCUGAGGGCUAUGACAUGAAACUGCGCCGGGAUGACAGAAAACACGAUAAAGGAAGAGGACUGGACAUAAAUGGAGAGGAGAAGUCCAGAGUUGUUCCUGUGCGCUCCUCUGCAGAGUACGGCCAUCAUCCAGUUCCCGCCCUCUUUCAAACAAGCCGAAGGCACAACAGGGUGGCGAGCACUAGAGCGGAAUUUUACAUGAAGAAUGGGAUUAUCUGGAAUGUGGAGGAGGGGUAUGGAUCCGUGGCUCCCAUUUAAAUCACUAAUAUCAUGAUAUUGUAGAGUGCACGUUUCUUUUACUGUGUAACCAUCAACAUUUCAGCAAUGAUUAAA